AUGACAUUGGUGAACCAAAGGUCUGGAAAAUGUGCGUUCUGUACAUUCCGCAGCUUGAUAUGGCUAAAUCCUUCAUUUCUCCGACCUAAUGGUCGAAGUUUCCAUCAGUCUAGCCCUGUGGCGAGGUUAGCUCGAAAGGGUCGCAAGAAGUAUCCAGAAAAUUUGUACGAAUUAGGGUAUGGACCGCCGAGAGAUACUCAGGGACGGGCUAGGACGGAGUUUCGGAAAUUUGAAGCCAAUAUAAUAGCAGAAGCCCAGGGGCUGAAAAAGAAAUUUCUCAUUGGAACAAAAGUUCGAAGUUCUAUAAAAGACGAAGAUCUGGCAGGGUGGGGUUUGUCAAGUAGGGAGGAAUUGGCAGCCAAGCUUCGAGAGUUUGAGAAAGAGGCAGCAGCAGCAGGCAGAAGAGCAACUGAGCUGGGCGAGAUCGAUAGGUCAUCCAACCCUCUUUUUUGCAAAUUCAAGGAUGCAUACAUUGCAAGGGAUGCCAAAGGGUUAGCAGAUGAAAUAAAACAUUCAUUCACGAACUUCACACUUUCAGGCAAAUUCUCAAAAAGAGGAAACUUGCAAAAUCAUCAGAGACUGGCAGAUUUUCGUUAUCCUAUUGAAUGGUUUCCGGCCACACGAGCGAUGCAACGAACCUUUCAUCUACACGUUGGACCAACAAAUUCUGGAAAGACAUAUCAUGCUUUGCAAAAGCUUGAGGCAGCCAACAGUGGUAUAUAUGCCGGGCCCCUGCGACUAUUAGCUCACGAGGUCUAUACAAGGCUCAAUGCGAAAGGAAAGCCAUGCUCUUUGAUUACGGGAGAGGAGCGACGUAUUCCGGACUGUGGAAAAGAUCUCAUGAAAAGUUGUACCGUAGAGAUGGUACCUCUGAAUACUAAAGUCGAUAUAGCAGUAAUAGAUGAGAUUCAGAUGAUCGGAGACGAAGAACGUGGCUGGGCGUGGACUCAAGCAGUACUUGGAGUGCAGGCCAAGGAAGUCCAUCUUUGUGGCGAAGUCCGGACGACUGACUUGAUCAAAAAGCUAUGUGCAAUGAUGGGAGACAAGUUGGUCAUACAUAAUUACGACAGACUUGGGAAGUUACAAGUAAUGAAUAAUUGUCUUUCGACAAAAAACAACGAAAGAGAUGGUCCGUCUGAAAAAGGUGGGGGGCCAGUCAGCAAGUUGGAGAAAGGUGAUGCUAUCAUCUUAUUCUCGAGGAUGAAAAUUCAUGCCAUGAAAAACAAAAUCGAGGCACAGCACAAAGGCAAACGAUGCGCUAUUGUUUAUGGAUCAUUGCCCCCCGAGACUCGUGCUCUACAGGCCGCUCUGUUCAAUGAUCCCGAUAAUGAUUACGAUUUUUUGGUUGCCAGCAAUGCCAUUGGCAUGGGUUUGAAUCUGAGUAUCAAACGUGUCAUUCUCGAAUCUAUCAAGAGGUUUGAUGGCACAGACCUUAUAACUCUCCCUCUUUCAGAAAUUAAACAAAUUGCUGGUCGAGCUGGAAGAUAUAAGACGGCAAGAGAUGCCAUCGAAGCAGGGCCUAUUGAUGUAACUGAUGGCAUCCCAGCGAAACCAACAGAGCCUCCAGUUGGCCUUGUGACAACAUUCUACAAGGAGGAUCACAAGAUAUUGUCGAAUGCUAUGUCAAAAGAAGCCGCGCAAAUGACCUCAGCUGGAAUAUUUCCUCCAGCAGAUGUUAUAGAACGCUUUGCUGAGCGUUUCCCCAAAAGUACACCAUUUAGUUAUAUUAUUCUGCGAUUACACGAAAUCGGUUCUAUAAGCAGCCAGUUUCAUCUCUGCAAGCUCAAGGAGCAUGUCGACAUUGCAGACAUCAUUCAAGAUUUUAGUCUUUCCAUUCGUAACCGUCUUGUCUUCCUUGCUGCUCCAGUGUCUGUACGCGAUUCUGGGGGCGUUGAAGUAUUGAGAGCGUUUGCUCGUUGUGUAGCUAACAACACUGGUGGCCACGUACUGGAUAUAUCAGAGCUUGAUAUCGAAGUUCUGGACGAGGAUCCUGAUACCUUUACUUCCCAGCAACAAAGGGAGAUUUACGUACGCAAAGUUGAAGGACUUCAUAAAAAAAUCACGCUGUAUCUCUGGCUGAGUUACAGAUUCACAGGUGUAUUCCACAGCCAGGCCUUAGCAUUCCAUAUUAAGAGGUUGGUGGAGGAGAAGAUUGACAUAUGUUUGGCUAAAGCCGAGUGGCAAGAGAAAGCUAGAAUGAGCGCAAUGAGACGAAAUAUAAAGCUCUUGAAGGCCUUGGAUCCCAGUAUGGCUUCCGAGGAUGAAAUUUUAGGGGAUGCUGUCUCAAAUGAUACUCCUUCACAGGAGGAUGUCUCAGAAGAUGUUGAAAAUUCUUCGAAAUCAGAAACACUACUGGAAGGAGCUUUUGAAGAUGUUGAGUCAUCUUCAGGUGCCAAGGAGAAUAGGGGUUCGAUCUAA